UCCUGCCCGAGAACGUACACUACACAAGCUCCUGCAAGCACACGCACACGGCACACCUAGAGCCUAGAGCUAAACAUCCAUGGCCACCACGUCCGCGACCACCGUUGCUUCUUCUCUGUCGGUCGCGGGUGGCCUCGGGAGGCCGGUCGGCGUCGGCGCGUCGCUGCGGCCCUGCUCGCGACGGGCAAGGGCCUGCGUUGUCCGGGCGUCGGUGGAGCAGUCCGCGAAGAAGGUGUCGGCCGGACUGACGGCGGCGGCCAUGGCGGCAGCGAUGGUGCUGCCGGAGGUCGCGGAGGCCGCGGGGCCUGGCCUCUCGCCGUCGCUCAAGAACUUCCUGCUCAGCAUCGGCUCCGGCGGGAUCGUGCUCCUCGGCAUCAUCGGCGCCGUCGUCGCCGUCUCCAACUUCGACCCUGUCAAGCGUGACUGAUCGCUGUGUGAUCUGUAGUUUGUACCAACGCGACUUCUACACGGUAACAGUUAAUAAUGGUUAUGACUGCAUGGAACUUUUGCCGUGUCAA